UCCCUCAGGUGCUAUAGAAACCUGUUGGACCGAACCAUAAUGACCAAAACAAGUACGUACACCCGCAUUCAACACCCGCAUUCUCACGGUAACCAAGGAACCUUCUAGCCCGGGGAACGACUCGAAGCUACACAUCCUUUUUUGACGAAACACCAUGAGAAACUGAGAGAACAGGACGACUCUGAUCAAGUUGUAGUCACAAUCGUUUGGACGUUGUUGGAACGAGUGGGGAGGGGGGCAACCUUGUCCUAUAUAAAAUAGCCCAGUGAUUCUUAUUUACUGAGUUUGCUGCACCUAAACUGCACACGGAGUUGAACGACUUGUUUUUUUUAUCAAUAUGCUUUGUCAUUAUCUGAACAAGUAUCAGUAACGAAAGAGCACGAGUGCAGAGAGGUAGUGUCUAUUUUGUCAACAAUUGAGACUUACAAUAUAUUCUUCCCGGCCCGGCAGAGGAUCAACUCCCGUCAGACCUGGUGAACGAGGAUUUCACAUUUCUUACACCAUCACAAUGGGACAGUAGUACAGUACCGAGACCGGACAGUACUGCAGUACAGUGUCUGAACGGGACAACAGUACAGUACUGAGACGGGACAGUACUGCAGUACAGUACCUGGACGGGACAGUAGUACAGUACCGAGACGGGGCAGUAGUAUAGUACAGUGCAGAGACUAGACAGUAGUGCAGUACAGUACCGAAACGGGACAGUGGUAUAGUACAGUGCAGAGACGAGACGGGACAGCAGUACAGUACCAAGACGGGACACUAGUGCAGUAUAGUACAGAGACAGGGCAGUAGUGCAGUACUGUACAGAGACGGCACAGAAUUACAGUACAGUACUAGUACCAAGGCGGAACAGUAAUACAGUGCAGUACCGGGAAGUGGCAGCGGUAUUGUACGGAAGAUACCCGGACUAAAGUGGUGUCGCUGGCCAUCAUCGACAACGACGGACGAACACUGACAACAACCGUACCGAGACUUGAUGCAGUACAGCUGGUACAAAACCUGGACACUAUAUCGAAAUUCUCUGCACAACAGAGUCAAAACAAAAUCCAAUUUCCCUUCUAGCAUGAACAGAAACCCCUCUGACACAGUCAUGAUUCAACGUGGCCACAUGAAGAACGUCUUUUUCGUCCUGAUAGUUGUUACGGCCAGCUACCUCACCGGUCUAAUGAGUGCUGCUUUCUCAAGAGAUGUCGCCACAAUGCAUGUCGCAACAUUUGAUGGAAAAGUGUCCAUACCCCAACAGAGUGCCCUGAGAAGCCACGCGAGACAGAGCGAGACUCCACGGGAUCAGGUUCGAAAAGAUGGCGGAAGUUCAGAAGACAUAGAAGAUAUGAAUAAAGACUCUUCAAGAGAGUUUGAUACGGAUGAAUCAGAAGAAUGGGUGGAACCGAAAGUAGCAAUAUUUGACCAAAGAGAGCAACAACUAAAAGAUGUAAAACUUGACGAAGAAAACGAUUCUAGUGAAACAGGCAGCACAGUAGAAGAUCAUGCCAUGGAAAAAUCAAACGGGAGCAAACCUAGCCAGAAAAACAAUACAUCAGACAAUGGAUCUGGAAACAAUGACAAAACGAAUACACAGGAUAUUUCAGAAGGGCCUGACGAAUCGGAGUCUGUUCUGAAUCAUUCCAAACAAAAAGAAAAGAAAAAGAAGAAAGAAUCGAAGGAAAAGACUGACGGAAUUUCGACCUGGAAAAUGAAGAAGUUGACAGAUGCAACAAAGAUCAAAAAGAAGAUAUCAGCAAUGUUCAAUGUGUCGCAAGACAUCGUGUACUUUUCUGACUACGAUAAGCACAUCAGCAGAUGUUAUAAGAAUGGCACUUUUCAACUAGGCUGCAAGGGUAAAACACCAAUCAGACGCUACAGCACAUGCGCGGCGGUGGGAGGAAGCGGCAUUCUGAUUGGUAGUGGCUGUGGAGCGGAGAUCGACGCCCAUGAUUUCGUCAUCAGAUACAACAUGCCGCAGUUGGAGAAAUAUCGGGAUGAUGUCGGAGUGAAAGUGAACCUAAGCGCCAUGGAUAACUACGCCCUGAGAUUCAUCAACCAGUCGCUGAUCUAUAACCCAACUUAUAUCACAUCGAGAUACAAGCAGUAUAACAACUCUAUCUUCUUCUACCCCAAAACAAUUUACGAGCCCAAGAAGGGGAUAAAAGGCCUUGGGUCGUACGCACGGCUGAAGAUGUUCCGGAAGAACAUUCGGGCAUAUGGUCACGUGAACAUCACCAUGGCUUACUCACUCCGGAACUUUAAAAACAUCUCUGAACAGUUCAUGAGACGGAUCAUCCCUGACUUCGACUCGCCCACGGUAGGUCUGAUGACGUACUUGUUAGCGCUGACCUUCUGUGAUCACCUGGACCUGUACGGCUUCUACCCUUUUAUGACGGACCCGCAAGGGAAACCUAUACAUUUCCACUACCAUAUGGAUCAACAGCCGGACAAGUUUAGCGAAGGCCAAAGUCCACAUGCUUUCGUCAACGAGUAUAACUUCAUGUCUCUUCUGCACAAGAGAGGGGUGGUCAAGGCUACGGUCGGGAAGUGUCAAGUAGGGACGCAAGGGGGCGCAACCAAAUAGUCUCAGUAAAAUCUUGCGUUGUUAACCUUUACUGUUGUUAUAUAACGUUACAUCUUAAACUUAAGCCGUUUUGAAGAACUAAUUUUGCUAGUUACAAUUCAGGUACGCUGAAUAUGUUAGCAAUAUAAAUAUUCAUUCUAUGGCAACAACGACAAUGUACAUUUGUUCAUAUAUCAUCAACAACAUGGUCGUAUGUUGAUAUACAGACAGAAAAUUUAAAGCAUACAUGUAUAUUCCAUGCAGCCGUUUUUGUAUAAUUUUAGCUGAAUAUACAAUGGAUAACAACUGCGAAGAAAGCUUGUUGGUAAGCGAUUUAUCAUGUGUACGGAUAUAGAGUUUAAAAUUGUAACAUAAUAUUGACUAUCGUCACAGAUAAACUUACAUUCAAAUUACGAAGACUUCUGUCAACUAUACAGUUGAUACAUCUUUACACACACACCUUAUUUAAAAAAGAGAGUACAUUGAUGAAAUCUUCUCAUCUCUAACCCCAACACUAACCUUUCUCCUAAACUUAAGCUGUAUGGAGGAUUUUAAACGAUUGCAGUAAGCCAGUUCACGACUUGAAAUGUGGAUUGGUGAGGCCCCUAACUUGUGAACAGAUCGUUAUGGUGCACCAUGUUUGAUACACGUCCAGACGUACCCACAAUACACCAUACUUCUCAUAAGCA